GCGGAGCGGCAGCGCGGAGGACGCGCACGGACAACACGCAGUGUGCUCCGUGCUCGCUGAUAUCGCGUGCACACCGCUCGUCCAUGUGAGGAGACAGGCUGAGGGGCUGGUGAAGAUGCACCGUGUGUGGCUGCUGAUCCUCACCGCGGUGUCGGUGGCAGCCCGCGGACUGCCGACGCAGUCAGAGAGGCUUCCAGCCGGAGACAGACACCCCGCCGCGUCUGUGACCGAGGUGGCAGCAGAUGGUCAUCAGACUCUCCAGGAGCUCCAGCAGGAGAACCUGCUGCAGACUAUUCCCUCCGGCCCGUCUCUCCCCAGGUCCAGACACCGCUGGUCCCAGCACCGUCACCAGGGUGUCCUCCCUCCACCUGAGCCUGAGGAGGACCCUGAGCUCUUCUUCCUGGACCCUAGGAACUUCCCAGAGCUGGCAAAUGCAGACAUUGGCUCACAGAACCCCAACAUCCAGGUGACAAUCGAGGUUGUAGACGACACACAGACUGAGACGGAGGUGGAGAUGGACCUCGUCAAGGAGGGUCAGCUUAAUGAGUGGUCGCUGUCAUCCUCAGAAUGGGCUAAUAGCCACAAGAAGCUGUUCUGGCCACUCUUCUGGGAAUAUCCAGAACAGUUGGAGAACGGGCUGGAAAGAGCCAGUUUGGAGGGACAAUCUGAGGACUACAACUACGACCCAGAAGACCCCUUUCUCAGCGGAGUGGGGGUAGACUGGGGUGGUCACUGGAACAAAGACGCGAAUGCAAAGGAUGACUACGAGUACGAGGAGGAGUGGAGUGACUGGGCUCCCUGCAGCGUCACCUGUGGCCAUGGCACCCAGAAGCGCACUCGUUCCUGUGGCUACGCGUGCACGGCCACCGAGUCCGGCACGUGUGACCGAGAGAACUGUGCAGACAUUGUGACACCAGUGACUGACCUAACACCCAUCCAGAUGACCAACAGCACAGAAUCCCUGGACAUAAACGUGGACAGCUGUGAGAAGUGGCUAAACUGCAAGAACGACUUCCUCCAGAUGUACCUGCACCAAGUGCUCACAGAGCUCCCCAGCUGCCCAUGCUCCUACCCUUCUGAGGCUGUUUACAGUGCCGUCAAUAUCCAGGAUAGAAAACUUCGCAAAACCUAUCGCUGGACGGACGCGAGCGGACCCAAAGAACGCCUGGAUAUCUACAAACCUUCGGCCAGAUUCUGCAUCCGCUCAAUGCUGUCGUACGAUAGCACAACAUUGGCAGCGCAGCAGUGCUGCUACGACGAUCAGAUGAAACUGAUAACGCGAGGAAAUGGAGCAGGAGCACCAAAUCUGAUCAGCACAGAGUUCUCACCAGAGCUGCAUUACAAGGUGGAUGUACUGCCCUGGAUCCUGUGUAAGGGGGACUGGAGUCGGUUUCAUUCAGUACGGCCGCCCAAUAAUGGGCUGGACUGUUCUGAUAAUCCCCCUGAACAAGUGUUUCAGAUGGAACUUAAAGAGGCCAGGGAGUACUGACAGUGUGGGGCUGUGGAUUCACAACAAGAAGGAAUGUCAACAUGGAGAAUGUUAAUCCAGGUUUCUGUAGUCACUUUGCCGUGCAUUAACUCCUGCCAGCUGAAGUACUUUUGAAGUCGCAAGCUUUGUUUUUUGCAAUCUCAUGGAUUCAUGCAUCAAUUGACCGUUUGGUUACUUUGUGUGAUUGUUUUACAAGAGGAACACAACCUUCAAAUGAUAUGGAAAUAUGAAUGAAAGACACGGACAACCGAUACUGGUGAAGCUUUUUAUACUGACGUGUAGACUUUGACUUUGUUCACAAGCAACAAAAAUGUAAUAAUACUGUUGGAACCAUUGGAAGGACAAUGGAAAUCAGAAUCUGAUGUGCUCUAAAGCAUGUUCUGUUCGGACACUUCAGUUAAUCCCUGGACAUGUGUGUUGCUGGGGUGUGUUAAACUGAGUGAAUGUGUCUGUGCAGUAUGUGUGUGAGUGUGUCUGCAUUGUCUACAGAGGAUGCGCUUAUUUAUUGGCCCCUGAACUAUUUUAUUCUUAUUUCGUGUCCUGCGAAAGG